ACCACUUCACGAACACUUAGCCACUCCACCAUGGCGCAAACCGAUGCGAAAGAGAACAUAGCCGAUGGCCUGCUAGCGAACACAUCCUUCAAAGCACCUACUCUAUCGCUAAAAAAAUCGUCACGAGAUUCACGGAAGACGCGUAGCAAAAGCAUCGGCCCUGGUGGUCUAGGAGAACUGGAAGCGCCCGCGCUGAAAGAGAGCAGUGGCAAUCGUAGGAAGUCUGCUUUUAUUCCUGCUGUCAAGUCUAUUCUAUCUUCGAAUGAUGAAGACGAGAAGAAGCGGCGCGAAGCCCGUCGCAAAUCACUAGCAAAACGACGCGUCUCUUUUGCCCCCGAGGCUACCUUACAUACCUGGGAUGUAGUCGAAUACUUGCGCGAUGCUACAAGCUCGUCCGCCUCCUCAGAUGCCACUCGGAGAGCUUCAAACAUAACCCAAGCGUCGACUCCAGCAUCGCCUGCACCCGCCGAAUCGCCCUCUACCCCGCCAGAACAGGCCGAGGAGCCUCAACCGGAGCCUGAAUCGUCGCCUGCGAACCAGCGCGAGCAGCACCAAAAGAAGAACCGUCGGAGCUCGGGAAUACCGCCUAUGAACUUCAACAACCCCGACGAUGUCUACUCCUCAAGUCCUUUAAGUGGGGAUAACCAAUCACCUGGUGGGGUCAACAAUGAGGGCAGCAUCUCUGGGGACGACGAGGACGUGACGGAGAACCUGGCUACAUCUCCUGACACGGAAGACUCAUCACAGAGUAGUGCUAGGCUAGACGCUGCAUUGCGCCAAGCUUCAACUCAAGCCGGUACACAAAGGCUGGAUUUCGACAACAAGGAGGACAUGACCAUGGAUAUUGCCCAAGAUGAAAUCACAGCAUCUUUCAAGCCAUGGGCGAGGAAAAGCUUCGUGGCACAGGAGGAUCAGGAAAAUGUCGAUCCCUCGCCGUUCUCACCAGCUGCGACCGUGGCAGACGAUGACGACAUGAGCAUGGAUAUCACUCGUGCAGUUGGACGGAUUGUCCCGCAGCAGCAACAAGCGGACGCUUCGAGCUCAGAUAUGGAUGAGGAUAUGAGCAUGGAGCUUACCAUGCCCCUUGGCAGCAUCCAGGCUAUGGCAUCAAAUGCGCCAGCGAACCGAAGAAAGAGCCUCAAGCGGAGGGUAUCGAUGCUAGAUGCGUCCCAAGGAAGCCCCGCAAAGCGCCCUGCCAACCGUCGUACUAGUCUUCGACAACGCCGUCAGUCAGAAGAAAUUCCGUCCGAAGAUGCGACAAUGGAUCUUACAAUGGCCAUCGGAGCGAUCAAGAAUGGUACUUCGUCUGGAGCAGUGAGUUAUCCAAACUUGGAAGGCUCAUUAGAAGAUGCGACCAUGGAUUUCACCAUGGCUGUGGGUAGCAUCAAAAAUGGCACGUCAACUGUAGCAGAUGAAUUUGGAAGCGAUGCGAUCGAUGAGGAUCUCUCCAUGGAAUUUACAAAGAUCAUUGGGCCAGGUAUUAGGCGUGCCGACAAAGCAGUAGCAACACCCGAAAACCCUACUCCUCCCCCAGCAAAUGCUGCUACACCCGCAAAGACCCCGACGCCACGAAAGACUUCUAAGAAAUCGCCUGGACGCCGCAGAAGCUCUAUUGCGAUAGUAGAAGCUGAGCCUGCCCCAGAAGUUCAAGUUCAAGCCACGCCAAUGAAGGCACCGGUGGAGGCUCGCAUAGAUCUUGACCCGGAUACCCCUGAGAUCGUGAGGCAAAAGGAUAUCGAGGACAUUGAACCAUCGCCAUUUGUACGGAGGACCCCUGUCGACGAUACCAAGACGAAUAGAGUUGUCGCUACGCCUACAAGUGAAGCCGCACAGGAAGCACCUAUGAUGAUUCCUGACGAUCCAGUUGCAGCGCCUAUCUUGAACCGACGUCGUUCGUCGCUGUCCUUGAUGCAGUUCAGCCCACUCAACGCACCACGUGAGGAGCCAACACUCAAAAGCACUGCCUUCUUGACCAACAGCAUCAAGCUGCUUUCUACCCCUCGAAAGCAAAUGUUGAUAUCUCCGGUGAAGCGAGGGAUGACGCCGAAAAAGUCGCAGACUCCUCAAAAGCUGCCUACACCGAAGCAGAAGACUCCGACGCCGAAGAAGGCAACGCCGCGAAAAAGCGUGAGCCCUAAGAAGCGAGUUGGUUUUGGCGAGCAGCUAGUAGAAGAGGAGGAAGAGACCGACAAUGAUGUUUCAGAAGGUGUGUCAGAUGUCGAGCGCAUCUCGUUGCAGGAGUUCCUAGAUAUGACAAAGAUUCGCUUCAUGGAUCUUAGUACGACCAAGCGGCGACAUACUGCUGCUCCUGCCGCCUUCCACGAUAUGGAGGUCGAGGAGAAGGAAGAGUCGCUGGAUCGAUAUGUUGUUGCCGGAGCCUGCACUCUGCCCGAGUACGAGCUGUAUCAGCACGCGUGUCACGAGAUGAAGAAAUACAUCUCGGACGGUCGCCACUUCGUUCGAACCAUGGAGGCCAACGUCUAUGAAGAGAACCCGUUGUUGUUCAGCGAGUACCUCACUGCUCCGCCGGAUCAGCGCAUCGUCAUGGACAAUCAAUUCAAGAACUUGAAGACGAAUGCCCGUCUUGAAGCACGUGGGGAGUGGUAUACUUGGAGAAGCACACUUCUGCAGGACCUAAAGUCUGGCCUUCUUCAUACGCUGGACGGCUUCAAGCGCGAUGAGUCUACCCUCGCCAACCAGGAACAGCUCCUUGAUGUUGUGCUACCCCCGUUAAUUGAGAAGCAUGAGCUUUUGUCUGCCGAGUGUAAGCAACUGCAGCAGCGUCAUGAUGAGUUGAAUAGUUGUGAUCGCGAAGAGCUGGAACAAACUCGAGAGAGGCUUGUUGCCACAGAUAUUGAGAUGGAAGAGAAGCGGCAGCUCCUAGAGCAGCUUCAGCAAGAGCUUGCUGAGAAGGAGGCUCGAAUCGAGGCCGUCAAGGACCGUAAAGUCGAGUGCGUCGAAGAGAUCAAGGUAGCUGAACGGGUGCGCGAAGAGUGCCGUGGCUGGUCUACAAGGGAGGUCAACGAUUUGAAAGUCAAGGUGACCUCUCUUGAGCAGGCACAUGGCUGGAGCAUUACCUCAGCCUCGUCCACAAGCAUCACGAUGACCCACCUGAACGACCUGGAGCUAUACUUCCAACCCUCUGCCUUCGCGACCGGCACCAAUUCGCCCAACGCAUCCAUUUCGCUCGCCUACGUCGGCGACUCAGCAACUCCCCAUCCUCGCCCCCUGACCACAAGCAAGCGUUUCUUCCUCCAGCUCAUUCGCGCACACCUCCACUGCAUUCCUCAAUCUCAAACCCGCAUCUCCUCGCUCCUCACCCUUGUCAAGGAUAGUUGGGCCACCGCGCUCGCCGUUACAGAAGGUAUCCACUGGCUCGAGCACAACUACAUCACCGAGGAAUUCAUCUUGAGCGACGAGCGCAUGGCUAUCGCUUCUAACAUGCUUCUUCCUACGGUGCAAACCAAGGUGAAAGUCACGUUUGAGGUUGGUGUUGGGAUUGGGAAAGAGGGGGUGGAUGCCGAUGUUGGGAUGAAGGCUGAGAUUGUGUACGGGGAGAAGUAUGGCGAGGAGAAGAUGGGUGCAUUUUUGAGAGACUUUUGUGGGAGCGAGGUAAAGAAGGUGGAGGGGAUGAGCGUUUGGGCAGAUGGGAUGCUUGAUCUUGCGAGUAGGCUGAAGAAGACAGGGCGGAAGGGGGAGAGGAAGUAGACCAGGACUGUUCGUAAACGAUUGCCGGAGUAGUUUGCCGAUGUUUAUGACUUAGCGAGUUUUAUGAGCCAUGACGGAGUCCAGGGGGGCUUGGGUCGGAGUUCUUGAAUAUUAUUCAUCGUUAUCAGUCUGAGGAUCUCUAUGCCACACUCGUUCUCAUAUUGGCACCCUCUCCGCGACUUCUAGCCAAAACUUACACCUCUCUUCCAACAUCUGAAUACCGCCUUGCUUAAUGCCACCCGCGGUGACUAAAAACUGCUUCCCUUCUACUACGUUCGGUACAGCAGGAACGCUAGCAUUCGUGACCUUGUGCGCAUUUGGAUCACCAGUCU